UAGAUGUUCAAGGGACAUUGUUGUCAACUCAACAAGAGUUUGGCCACUAAAACUUUAGAUUUUAUAGUUUAAAGUUUUAUACUUUAUAGUUUAAAGAACUAGCCUAGUUGGUCCCCUGGUAUUGUACUGUGGCUGUUAAGGAUUAUGUGGUUCUUUAGCCACUAAGGACGGUGCAAUUAAAUGUAAGAGAAUGAUAAAUCGCUCUGAAAAAUUUGUCCCCCUCACUUCUGAGAUGGUGGUUACGCCCAUGGUUGGUCAAGUUCGUCAACACGAGAAACAAGAGAAAUUCUGUCAAUCAAUGAUAGAAACGUCACACGUGUAGUUACUAUACAAGGUGCUCAGAUAUUUUUUACAAUGCUGGUUUUGCCACUCAACACUUAGAUGCCGGACUUCUGUUCAGCCUAUGGAUGCUCUAAUGAGCGCUGUAAGGAAACAAGAGCUCGUGGGAUUACUUUUCACAUGUAAGAUGUAUGUAAGGAAUAAUAUAUUGUUAGCAGGUUGUCAUAGCUAGAGUGAAAUAAACGCCGAGAAGAUGGAUAGAACCCCUCAGCUCCGUGUCUGGCUUCUACCCAUGAUCUAACCAGCUCUCUACAUCAUCCUGUGUAUUACACAGCUGCUUACCGGUGAAAUAACUAAUCUGAGACAAUUUUUUGUUUAAAAUUCGGUGUUAUGAAUCUAGCGUUCCUAGCAACUUACUGCAGUAAUUGGUACAAGAUGGUGCUUCAGUUAAUAAAGCAACAAUACAGGUGACACAGUUGAUGAGCUGAUGACUGAUAAUGUUAUUCUACAGGAUGAGUUGAGAGCAGUUGAAUUUUGCUAAUAUAAUCUAAUUUGUGAAGAGAUGAGGACUUUAAUCCAAGGAAAUGGCUCUUAGAAAAUUUGUUCCCUAUCCUGAACAUAUUUUACUGAUUUAGAGUAGUUCAAAUAACCAGAUAUAAUUGAGGACUGUAAUAAUGGGAAAUGGAAUUUAAAAAUAAACCAGAAUAGACACCUUUAUUCAACACUUAUGAGACAGGAAAUCAUGGGAGAAAGAGGGGAUGUCACAUGCAGCAAAGUACUGGGAUUUGAACUGUGGUCGGCUGCGUACAUGACAUUAAACUCCGCUAUGCCAUAGCCACCCCACACUAGCUUUGUGUCCUAUCAAGGCCACCCCGGUAAAAAAGUCCCGGAUACGCCACUGAUGGCACCCUAACAUAACAUGUAUAGUGGAGGGACAACAGAAUGAUGUACUAUUUUCCAAAAAGAUGAAGCUGCAUUCUAACUACAACAUCUGGCAAACUACAGUGAUUCAGAGUGGUCCGUUUGGUGUUCUUCAGUGCACUGGCUGCAUGUCAGGCCUGCAACUGCGGGCUCCAGAUAGUUCUUUCCCCGCGCCCUGCCUUUUCUGUACCCCUUAGGUAUUCUUGGCACAGAGGCUGUGGCAGCAGGUGACAAUCAUCCACAAUCAAGAGCAGAACCACGAGCAAGUGCAACCGGGCCAAUCAGACUCACCUCUGCUACAAUAAAGACAGACUCCACUCACUACUCGUUGCCGGACCACAGACGAUCACGUCUGGAUUGCCCACCUGCUCGUAUUCAGCCUGUCCCUCGUCUGCCCUGGAUCAUCCGUUUCAUGGCAGUUGUCGGCUCCUCUGCACACCACCAGCCAGCGCCUCUCCUUAUCCUCCUGCCCCUCCCGGAUAUCACUCACCUGGUCCUCAGCCACCUCUUCCGCUCCUCCCGAAUGGUUCACACCAAGUCUGCCGCUGCAAUCUCCAGCCACCGUGAUUCCUAUCACCUGUUGCACACCGAGUCCUCUCUUGCCGUGAGGGCAGUCUCUGGUUUUCCUGACACAAUCCCUCUUCAGUUUUGCCCAGCUAAGUCCUAGUCCUCACAUUCCAGACUAAUGUAGCUCUCUUGGUAUUUAGUGUAAUUUUGGAUUUUCUUGUAUUAAGUUUUCUGAGUUGUCUUCUAGAGAAUUGUGAUCUUGUAGUUGAAUUCCCAGGUUAGUAUUCAUUCACGGUUAAUUUGUGAUUCUGUUAAUGUCCAGUUUUGUUUCUAGUGAGUGUAGUCACUCUUCUGUGCGUGUAGCCUCUGUUAGCAUAGCCUUGUACUAAUGUUUUUCAUCCUGUAGCAUAAUCCCCAGGUUAGUAUUCAUUCACGAUUAAUUCAUGAUUCUGGUCACUCUAGUUACCUUGUCUAAUCUUCUGAACUUUGUCAUCUGUUAGUAUUUCUCGUUUAGUGCUGUAUCUAGUACUUGCCUGCCUAGGUAUUACCUUCCAUGGGGUAGUUAAUUCUUGUAAAUAAUAUUGUAGCAUUGUUUCUCCUCCAGCCCGCUAGGGGCUCACCUGAGUUACUCCGUUUCUAUGGUAUCAGUUCCUGUGAACUAUUUCUGUUUGUAGUUUCCUGGUCAUUUGUAGUUUUUUGUAUUCCGACUUUCUGUUCUGUCAAAUGAAAACCUUUGUUUUACACUAAAGUGCUCCAUCUCUUUUCCUGUGCUUGAGCCUCAAGGAAACCCAAACGCUGCAGUUUGGCAUGUAGGGGAAGUACUGUGGAGAUAGAGCAUGUAUGAUUGUAUCAAACUUUCAAACUUAGUCCAGUCAAGUUUGAGCGGUGAAUCUGUUUCAUCUACUGAUCCUACCUUCAUAAAGUGCAGCUGGACAUAAGCUAUAUGAAUGAAGUAAAUUGACAGGCAAUUUGAGGUUGUAUAUGCUUUCAUUUAUAUGGGCGUCAUCUUGUUAUGACAUGAGCUUUUUGUCUUUUUUUUUUGUCCAUCAGUUAUUAAAUGCAAUUGCAUUCAGUGACAGAAGAACCCGCAAAAAAUAAUGAAUUUGAUUUUUAAUUAAAAUGUCGCCUGCAACAGAAAUAACAGUAAAUAUUGACAGUGAUACAGUGGCUGAGUUUUUGACGAAUCUUUAAAAUGAAUUCAAAUGUUGCAACUUGAUGAUCCCACUGUUUUUCUUCAUCUGGGGUUUCAAGCAAUACUAUAUAUGACAGCACAUCCUUUCUGAACAGGAGGUGCCUGGCUUCAGAUUCUCCCUAAAUCUGGAGGAGCAAGAAGUCAGUUGAAAGCAGCAUUAGCCUCUAUUGCAAACAUAACUUGCCCUGUGCUGAACUCUCCUCUUGGUCACUUAACGGAGUUGCUAAGGGAAUAUAUCACAAUUCUGUUGCACACUUUGCAAGACACUAUUGCAAUGAGAAGAUUUCAGGCAGCAUUGUAUACGAUAUUCCAACUAUUCCAUGUUGUUAGGGACUUCAGAACUGUGAUAUGCUGUAGCUGAAGAUGGAUGGAUUGGAUUGACAGAAGCCCAUGGAGAUCGGGUUUUGACAUUGGUAUUGAUUUUUCUGAUGACAUGUUGACUUUUGCUCAGAUCUGUGGCUGUAUCAGUGUGGUGUAAUCUGCCUUCUGUAGCAUGUUAGUUCAUCUUUAAACAUAGCAUGCCUUGUCUGUCAUGUAGGAGGUCAUUCGCUCUCAGGCAUUAGAAGGUUUGAACGUCUGAUCAGACCCUGAUCUAUGGGCUUAAUCCCGAGCCAUUUGGUCUUAGAAUUUUUUUUAAUUUUUAUAAAGACCUUUCUAUUUACUCAGCCUUAGAAUUUACAGUAAUUUGGAAACCUAAUGUUAAUACACACCAGCUAAUGCAGUAGUAGUUGUAUCUAUUUUCCAAACUAUAAAAAAAACAAAAAACUGAAGUAAUCUCUCUGACAAAUUAUAAUAUUUAUGCGUGUUUUGCGUCCCUGGGUGUGUCUGUCACGUUCCUGAUAUGCGUUGACAUGUGAAACACGGUAGAAAAAAGCAUUCUGAAUUGUGUCUUCAGCAACCGUUGACAGACAGCAUGGAUUUCUAAGCCAGUAUGUAGAUGCAUUAAAUCAUCAAAAUGCCUGAGGGAAGAGAUUCCAUAAUGUGCCUGCAAUGAGGAUGAAUGCUUCUUAUUACCGCUCCAAGUUGCAUCUCUCGGUUAACAAUUCGUCCCUAAAGUCAAGUCUACAGGCUGAAAGUCUACAUCUCUUCUGCACAAACGACACUCACAGGCUUUAAACAAUAAUUGUCUAUAAGUACUGUACUUCUGCUAAGAAGCAAUUUUGUAUGAUGAGGAUUUGUGUGGAGACUGAGAUGUUUAAAACUGUCUGACAAUCACUUCAGAUUCAUCAUGUCCUCUAUACUGAUAUGUAUGUACUGUAUUUUCCGCACUAUAAGGCGCACUUAAAAGUCUUUAAUUUUCUCAAAAAUCGAAGGUGCGUCUUUUAACCCGGUGCUCUUAUGUGUGCACUGAGUUCCAAAAUCUGACUGUCGGGCCAUUUUGCGUCGACAUAGGGACGUAAUAUGUACACUACACAUGCUGGCAGUGAUAAACCUAUUAGAGAACAUUACCUAAAGCUACGUACAGUACUGACUGUUGUCCCAGCUUUCGCGAAAGCCGCGAUCAUUGCUGAACAGCCACCUGGCAACGAGACUGACUCUGACAUUGACAAGAGUGAACCCGGCAUGUUUGAUGUCGAAAUUGCCCAGCUGUUCAAUUCAGAUACAGAAGAUGAGAACUUUGAUGGAUGUGUGACAAAAGAUUGAUCAAAAAAUAAUGUGAGUGUAUUUUUAAAUACGUAGUAGAAUAAAGUUCAACCAAACUCACUGUUUUGCUUCCGUUUCCUUGUUUUAGCAUGCACCCAAUAAUACGGUGUGCCUUAUAUGUGGCUUAAGUACAGAAAUAAACCCCAUAAUCGAGACUGGGCCUUACAAUCCGAUGCGCCUUAUGGUGCGGAAAAUACGGUUCUCACGAUCACACUUAAGUCUGACAGCUUCAUUAUAAAGGCCUUUUCUGCUCAUUUUUUGGGACUAAGAUAUAGCUGUUCUUAGAAUUUCUGCAUUGUCACAGUCACUGUUGUCACCUAAACACUGCUGUACACAUUGACGGAUGUGGCUACUUUCCAAUACAUUUACCCAGUCCAGAAUGCGCUGUCAGGUGGGGCCAUUAAUCUCAGUAAAAUCCCUCCUAUUGAUCUGCUUCACUCGAAGAGAACUGUUUUGGAGAGCUGUAGUGUUCUUGGUAAGCCUACCUCAGGCACUAUAAAAUAUAAAAUGAUACAGUAAUUUACUGUUAAUGUCACCACAUGUGAUGAUACAUCCAAAAUUUACACCUAAAUCUCUAUAAGCAGACAUUCUGAUAAGUGCCUUCAGUGACUGGAGUCAUAAAAACUGCAUACUACUCAGUGCCUCAAAGACAAAGGAAAUGAUCAUAGAUUUCCAUAGAUCCAAAACCCCUCUUCAGCCAGUGAACACUUGUGGUGUGGACAUUGAGGUGGUGACAUCAUAUAAAUAUUUAGGUGUCUAUCUUGACAAUAAAUUAGACUGGUCUAAAAAUGUAGACUUCAUCUACAGAAAGGGCCAGAUCCAACUUUUUUGCCACAGAAGACUUCGAUCUUUAGACAUGUGCAAUAAGAUGUUGCAGAUGUUUUAUCAGUCUGUGUUAGCAAGUGUCCUGUUUUAUGCUGCAUUCUGCUGGAGAGGCAGUAUAAAGAACAAGGAUGCAAGGCGUCUGAACAAACUGAUUUAAAAAGCUGGCUCUGUGGUUGGAAUCACAAUGAACACAUUGGAGGAUGAGGUGGAGAGACGGGGACUUAGAAAGAUGGAGGCCAUUCUGACAAACAUGGAUCAUCCACUUCACAUCUGUCUCAGUGAACAACAAAACAUCAGUGGACGGCCCCUAUCCCUUUGCUGCAGGACUGAAAGAUUUAGGAAAUCUUUCUUGCCAUCAGCAAUCACACUGUUUAAUUCAAAAGCAAAAAGAUGAGACCAGACAAUUGAAUUUCCCUUCAGAGAUCAAUAAAGUCAUUCUAUUCUGAGAUUAUUGUGAUACAUAUGUACACUACCGUUCAAAGGUUUGGGGUCUGCUGUGGCAUUUUAAGAUUGAACAAAGGAUAAAAUUAGACCAAGUGAGAUGUGUGAAUCAAAUUUAAGAGUGUGACGGAGCAAGCCCGUCUGACAUGGAAGGUAAAACGCCGACGCCACCCUAAGCACACAGACGCGCACACAUCGCCACACACAAUGUUCACUUACCCCUUUUCCCUCCGUUCAUCCGUCUAGUUCUCUGGUUAAUGCACAUCUAUACUCCACCACGGUAGUCUUGGGUGCACACUAGGCUGCCGUUGAACCAACUUCCACGCCAUAAUCUCCCUCCAACAAACUUUUCGCCAGUAUACAUUCAUACACACACCGGUUUCCAUUUCAGAUUGACAAACGGAGCAUCGCGGCUGACUUCCUGCUUAUAUUGCGUCACGCGCAGGGCACUGGUGUGUGACGUCGUGGCGACGUCCCCGCAAAAUGCCGUUUUUGCACAAAACACAUUUUAUUAUUUUUCAGAGAUAGUUUUGGAAUAGGGGAGUUAAAUUAUUUUGUUGAUUAUAUUUUUCCACAAAUUAUUAUAUUUACUUUUCUAUUGUAUUCAUGUGUUUUGUGGUAGAAAGCAUUGUUUUGGGGGUUUAUUUCCUGAAGGGGUGGGGUCAUGAGGUGUAUAUAAGGCGGCUCAAACCCCAUGGCUGUCAGUUGAAGCCAGGACCUGGUACAGUGAAGGUAACAAUUUUAACUGAAUACUUGAUGUUGUAAAUUUGUAAAUAUUAUGUGUAUAUAUAUAUAUAUAUUUUGACACCAUUUUUUCUUUGUUUUAGUGCACUUGCUGUUGGGAACGUUGUGUUUUUUUUGUUUUGUAAAUAAAUUGCAAAACUUUAUUCCGGCUACGCCAUCAUUUAUUACUACAUCAAGAACCUAUACGUCACAAGUGGUGUCAGAAGUGGGAUGGCGGGCCGACGAAAGCGACGUUCCCAACAGCGGAAGAUUGAGGAGGAGGAGCCGGCGUCCUAUGGAGUUGGAACAGAGGAGCCUGCACAGCAACCUCUGGGGGAGCUCCUGGGCCUAAUGAAAGACUUUAUGAGAGGUCAGGAAAAACGGGAGCAGGGUCUACGUGCUGAGAUAAAUAACCUCCGUCUCUCUCUACAACCACCUACUCCUGAUCCAGGGGAAGGGCCCUCAGGUGCAAGUAGUCUCCACAUGGCGUUGCCCACACCUGCACCUGGACGGAGACCACAAGGAGAUUCGACCAUGGUUUCCCAAAUGCAGAAUGAUGGACUGGAUCAAGCAUCACAUCCUCCAGACCCGAGACCAUACGUAAUGGAGCCAAAGAUUCCACCAUAUCAGAUGGGUGAGGAUAUAGAAAAUUAUCUAUUGCGCUUUGAGAGGAUCGCAAAGACGUGGAAAUGGCCGGAAGCUGAGUGGGCAUGUUGCCUCGUACCGCUUCUAUCGGGGAAGGCCUUAGAAGCGUAUACAGCCAUGGACGAGGAUGAGGCACACUCGUACCCAGAACUGAAAGCUGCUUUGUUAGCCAAGUUUGAUAUAUCCCCAGAGACAUACAGGCAGCGGUUCCAAUCCUCCACCGUCCCUCCUGGAGAGACUCCAACCGAGACCUACCAUCGUCUACGGAGCCUGUAUCGAAGGUGGAUUCGACCGGACCAGCUCACCAAGGAGCAAAUCGGGGAGCUUGUGAUCCUGGAGCAACUUCUUCGUGUCCUGCCGCCAGAUGUCCGCACCUGGGUCAGGGAGCACGAGCCAGAGGACGGCCUGACAGCAGCAAAGCUGGCACUUCAACACCAGAACGCCCGCCGAGGGGGACCUCCACGUUUCACCAGCUCAACUCCGCGACCUCUUCAACAGUCUGCACCCAACCGGCCCACCAGAGAGACCAACUAUGACUCUCGAGGUACUCCCAGCUCUGCUACGAAUCAGCAACCAACCGGUAAGCCCUUUGUUUGCUAUUAUUGCCAGCAGCAGGGACAUAAAGCCUCUCUGUGUCCAAUUCGGAGGGAUAAACUCACUGGUGCCUGCUACGCACCUCGAGCAGAGGGAGAACUGUUUAUUAAACAGGGCUUGAAGGAGCACACCCUUAAAACGGUGACUCUAAAUGGACAGGAGGUGACAGCACUGUUGGAUAGUGGCAGUUUUACUUCCCGAGUGAAGAAGGACCUUGUCCCUGUGAACUGUGUGGAUUACAGCUGA